AAUAACUUUAGCAGGAUUAUGACAGUGGAAGCAACAUUUAGGUUCACGCCGUAUUGUUAUAUUUAUAUUUAAUUGGAAUUGUAUAUUGUUCCAACAUAGUGAGAAAAAACGUUAUACUUUUUAAUCAUAUAAAUUAUAUUUGAAAGCCAUUUUUUUUCAAAAUUGAAAGUGAACAUUGAUUUUAAUACCAAAUAAUUGCGAUUUUAGAAGGACUGUUGCACACCACGAUAAUUCAAGAGACGUAGCAACAAUAUUGUCGAUGCAUUAUGCGAGUGUAUGAUUAAGAACUUGACAAAAUCGGCCACUCUGAUCUGCAAGAUCUGAAACGUUCUUCACCAUUCAUACAACAGGGAAGCAUAAAAAAUCCAUAAUAAGGAUAAAAUGUUUGUCCCGUUCGUAAUGGAUAUGAAAGGCAUAGACAUAUGCCAGUCGCAUGGCAAGACGAUCAAAUUCUACUGCCAUAAGCACUCAAAACUCUGCUGCACUACUUGUGGUAUCUUACAUGGAAAAUGUGAUCGAUUAGAUGAAAUAGCCACUGCUUCUCAACGACAGAUUCUAGACCUGAAUGCCUUAAAAAGGGUCUUACUACAAUCAGAAUCGGAUGCAGACUCUUUAAUAGCGGACUGUAAGAAGUCAAAGACGGAUUUUAAUCAGUCCAUUGCAAGUAUUUCUAAAGAGUUGCAUGAAAUGAGAGACCGUGUCAUGAAACUUUUUGACAUGGCUGAGAAGAGAAUAAUGAAUGAAGCGAAUGCAAUAAAGUCUGUGGAGGUCAAGCGACUUGACGAUAUUAAUGCAGCAUCUUGCAAGAUUAAGACCAACAUCAAUCAAGUGUUGUCAAUUUGCUCCGCUCUAUUGGAAAAUGGAUUGCCCGAUCAAAAGUACAUAUUCUGGAGAAAUGUUCAGCAGAAAAAUAAAACGUUCAUAUCUGAUAUAACUGAACAAAAAAAGACGACUGUCACAAUAAAAAUGAAAUUGUCUUUUCCGAAAGAGCUAUCAUCAAUUCUUGAAAAAGGAAACGACGCCAUUAAGUUCAGUUGCGAGCACACACAUACAGACACAGAAGACUGAACAGCUGAUAACAUUAUGAAUUGCCAAAGUCCUUAUUGGGAAAAUCAACCUUUGUAUUAUUUAUGUUGGUCGUCAUAAUUUAUAUAAUAUUGUUAUUAAACUGGUAGUUUUGUUAUGUUUUUAAUAAUGACAUGUACGUGGUCUGCCACAAUCAAGUGGUGUUUAUACACUAAGUUUCUCACUGAUCGCGGUGUUAUCCCGUGUAUCAACCAUAUGAGGUUGUAUCGGGUAGAUGGCUUGAUUCUCAUAGUCUUUCAAAAUCCAGUACACCUUAUAACAUGCAACUUAUAAACAUGGACAAGUAGUUUUUACUCAUACAUGUAGAGAAAUACACGAUUAAACAUGUAUAUUUUAAGAUUUAUUAAGCACUGUACAUAAUUAUUUGCAUCAUCUUCUUGGAGCACCAUUAUAAUGCAAAAUGCUGAAAUUGACAAUCAGAAGAGUUAAUGAAUAAAUAAAAUAUAGUAUAUAAUAAAUAAUGCUUAUAAUACAUUAAAGUCAAAUUCAUUAAUAACAAUAAUAAUUAUUCAAAUGUUAAUUUAUAAAAACCUUUUAGAAUUAAAAACUUGCGUGGUAUUUAAACGUUGGGAUAUGGUGGGGGAUAUGUCAAUACAGUUAGCUUUGUGUAAGUAUGGUUCGCCUGCGGGCAAUAUAUUUGUAUUCCUUUACUUGACCUGUACGGACGAAGUAUUCUAACUUACACAAGUAAUUCCAUAUUCAUGAUUUUAUUCUUAUUUGUGAUGCAUGGUCACGUAUAUACAGGAUUAUAUUCGUCAUAUGUAUGUUGUAAGAACAAUAAACUGUUUCCAAGAACAACAAAUAGUGCGCAGAUAUUAUUCCUUGUCAGAACGAUAACAGGUGUACUUCGUUUGUGUUCUCUCAGAUUAUGAUCGUUAGUUUUGGAACUCUCUCUGUCUCACUCUGUUUUGAUUCAACUCUGUUUUAAUGCUAACUCUGGUUUGAUACUCACUUAGCUUUGAUACUCAUUCUGCGUUGAUACUAACUUUGCUUUAACAUGUUCUCUCUUAUGAUCAUCACUAUUCUGUGAAGUCACUUAGGUAUAGUAUUCUCUCUCUCUUUCUUGAUACUUCGCUAAGAAACGCACUCUGCUUUGCUACUCACUCCAUUUGAAAUCUAAUUCUGCUGUGAUAUUCACUCUGCUUUGAUAUUCGCUGUGCUUUGAUAUUCACUCUGCUUUGAUAUUUGAUGUACUUUGAUAUUCACUCUGCUUUGAUAUUCACUGUGCUUUAGUAAUCCAUCUGCUUUGAUAUUUGCUCUGCUUUGAUAUUCGCUAUGCUUUGAUAAUCCCUCUGCUUUGAUAUUCACUGUGCUUUAGUAAUCCAUCUGCUUUGAUAUUUGCUUUGCUUUGAUAUUCGCUAUGCUUUGAUAAUCCCUCUGCUUUGAUACUCGCUCUGCUUUGAUAAUCCCUCUGCUUUGAUACUCAUUCUGCUUUGAUACUCACUCUGUGUUGAUACUCACUCUUCUUUUAUACUCACUCUACUUUGAUACUCACUCUACUUUGAUACUCACUCUACUUUUAUACUCACUCUGCUUUGAUGCUCACUCUGCUUUGAUACUCACUCUGCCUUGAUACUCACUCUGCUUUGAUAUUCGCUCUGCUUUGAUAUUCGCUCUGCUUUGAAAAUCACUUUACUUUGAUAUUCGCUCUGCUUGAUACUCACUCUUCUUUGAUACUGACUUUGCCUUUAAACGUUAAUGUUGAUUGUGUACGAACAGUUCACAUACAAAGAGACUUUGAGCAUCCUGUUCGCAACUCCAACUGUCAAAGUCAGCAAUAAUCUAGCUUUACGAGGGCAUUUGUUUUAUAUUUAUAGAUGCCUUACUUAUUUAAAUGUUUGUUGUUUGAACUCACACGUGUUGUAAUGUUUGUUGUUUUAACUCACAUGUGUUUAA